AAUCACUUUCGUUAGAAAGUUACCAUUGUGCUCUGGACCAAUUAUACAUUCCUCAUGAUGGUCAAUGGGAGUAGCUGGCUUAAAUACCUGGAGGCCAGACACCUGUAGAGAGCACUCACAGAAAGAGGGAGAUAUUAAGAAGUGUUCACCUCCUAGGAUUGAACACCAUCAGCCCAGCAACAAAGAACAAUAGCUAUUUUGUUGGAAGUACAUCUUGUGCUAUCAGAGGGGCUUCUUUUUCAUCAAACAACCACCUUGGGAGCAAAGCUGAGGCCCUCUUUGCAUGAAACACCAUCUCUUCCAUGCCUGUCUUCUCUUUUACAGUUUGUGGCAUUCUUCAUUAAUUGGGCUUGUGACUCCGAUAGAAUGAAUAGCUUUGACUUUAGCUUCCUUGAGGAAGGAUUCACUGCCCGGGACAUCCUGGAACAGAAAAUCAAUGAAGUUUCCUUGUCUGAUGACAAGGAGGCUUUUUAUGUAGCUGAUCUUGGUGACAUUGUAAAGAAACAUAUUCGGUGGCUUAAAGCACUUCCACGUGUAACUCCAUUUUAUGCCGUUAAAUGUAACGACGGCAAAGCCAUUGUGAAGACAAUAGCCAAUUUGGGGGCAGGAUUUGAUUGUGCCAGCAAGGCUGAAGUUAAGAUUAUCCAGAACAUUGGUGUCCAACCAGAGAGAAUCAUUUAUGCCAACCCAUGUAAACAAAUUUCAGAGAUAAAAUACGCAGCAAGCUGUGGUGUUGAGAAGAUGACAUUUGAUAGCGAAGGGGAACUAAUGAAAGUGGCCAAGAAUCACCCCAAUGCCAAGCUUGUUUUGCGAAUAGCCGCAGACGACUCCAAGGCUGUAUGUAAGCUCAGUAUGAAGUUUGGUGCCACUCUUAAAACAAGCAGGUUGCUUCUGGAGCGUGCUAAAGAAUUGAACAUUGAUGUCAUUGGCGUAAGCUUCCAUGUUGGCAGUGGCAGCAGAGAUCCACAAACCUUUGUACAAGCUAUAUCUGAUGCUCGCUGUGUCUUUGAUAUGGGGGCCGAACUUGGUUUCAACAUGCACCUACUUGACAUUGGUGGCGGCUUCCCUGGAUCCAAGAAUUCCAUGCUUAAAUUUGAAGAGGUGACAUCAGUGAUAAAUCCAGCUUUGGAUAAAUAUUUCCCUGCUAGCUCGGGUGUACAAAUUAUUGCAGAGCCUGGGAGAUACUAUGUGGCAUCCGCAUUUAAACUGGCUGUCAAUAUUAUCGCCAAGAAAGUCACGCUGACUGAACAGAUGGGCUAUGAUGAUGAAGAUGAUGCUUCCAAAAAAACGCUCAUGUACUAUGUAAAUGAUGGCAUCCAUGGCUCCUUCAACUUAAUCUCAAGGUCGAAGAUGGAAAUGUGCAUAGUCAGAAAAAAGAAAUCCAAAUCAGAUGAGAGACUCUAUUCUAGCAGCAUUUGGGGACCAACUUGUGAUGGGCAGGAUUGCAUUAUUGAACAAUGUGACCUACCAGAGCUGCAUGUUGGGGACUGGAUACUGUUUGAGAACAUGGGUGCCUACACCAUGGUUGCAUCGUCUGCAUUCAAUGGAUUUCAGCGACCAACUCUCUAUUACGUUAUGUCAAGAGCACACUGGAAAUUCAUGCCUACUCUCCAAGAACAUGGUAUUAUUCCUGAGGUGCCGGAGCUGAGUGAUGUCCAUGUUUCCUGUGUCGCAAAGAAUAGAAUUGAGCUGAAUUCCAUUGCUUGUGUUGUGUAGUUGUCAUUGUCCAGUGUAUUUAAAAACAGUUGUAUUGCCCACUUGGUGAUUUUUUUACCUACAGGUAAGCCUAUAUUAAGGCUUACCUUUAGGUAAAAUGAAAAC